AUGUUCAAUACAAAAAUUGUUCUUCUUCUAAUAACGCUCUUCUUUGUAAUUACUUCUUUCAUUUCUCAAACAACAACCACAGAAAGCGAUGCACAUUUUGUUAAUGACACGGAUCAAGACCAUUUAGACUUUACGGAUUUUAAAGAGAGGGGAUUGCCUUUAGUAGAGAAGAAGGCUCAAAGGCGCGUAAGACCGACAAAUUGGUUUAGGUUUUGCUACGUGUUUAUUUUGCCGCUUAUUGUGGUAGCUCUAAGUGCUUGUCUAAUGUUUUGGUCUGUCCGCCGCUACAAAAAAUGGAAAAAAGAAAAAGCAGAAGCACGGGCUCGUCACCAACAACUAAAACGUUCUCGAAGCAAGAGCAAAACCCGUACCAAAUCAGCAGACAAAAAAGAACACGACGACCACUUACAGCCAACAAUUCCAGUACCCCCGCCAACACCCGGAACAGCAAUGCUUACACCAAUGGAAAAUCUCGUUUCAAGGUCGUUGACAGCCUUAGCGGGGCGAGUUGGAAGUGGAACGAAGUUUCGACCUAUUGCAACACGUUCGUAUGCUGAGGGAGUGACAAUACCCGAUUCUUAUAGAAGUGAAGAAGAGUCAAAUUCUGAUAGAAGAGACGGCAGAGAGGCUACAACUACAGAAGAAAGUAUUGAAGACGAUUUAGAUGAGAGACCAGUUUCUUUAGUUGCUUUGAGUAAAAUAGAAAAUGUUGGGUCAAUUAGAGGAUAA